AUGGCAGAAAAACUUGAAAAGUCGUCCUCAACAUUUUCAAGAAAAGAGAUCCAGCGUAAAGUCACAAAGACGGACAAUGGUCAAAUAUUCAGGCAACUAUUACUUUUGAUAUUUUACGUUGGGACUGUUAUUUUAGGAUCUUUACGAAGUAUAAUAAAUCCUCCCCCAAAAUCCUACUUCUCGCGAAAGGACAACGUUUUUAAUUUGUGGUUUGUGAAAAUUGGCUGGCUUUGGACUUCAUUAAUAUUUGUCUUAUACUCCUGGAAGGUAAUUCAUAAUAACAAGCUCAAUCAACUUAAAUGGUCGUUUGUUCGCUUGGGCAUUGCAACCUUAUAUUGGUAUCUUGUUACCCAAUGGUUUUUUGGUCCUAGUAUUAUUGACUGGGUCUAUGUCGCGACUGGUGGACAAUGCACUCUUGAAGGUUCGAACACACAAUGGAUCGAAUCUUACGCAUGUAAAAAAAAUGGUGCCAAUUGGUCAGGCGGACAUGAUAUCAGCGGUCACUGCUUAUUGUUGAUUCAUUCCUCACUCCUUCUUUGGGAAGAACUUAGCGUUCUUUUAUAUCGUCCAAAGAGUCUAUUAACUACUUCUAAAGAAUUUUGUCUCGAUGAGUUAGUUAAUAUGGCACAAGCACAACUUGUUCAGAAUCAUGCACAAUGGAUACACGAGAAUAUUAUGAAAAAAAAUGAUUAUGCCAAAGAUGGGAAAAAAUUUUGUUGUACGCAACCAAGGAGGGUUGCUGCAAUGAAUGUAGCAGAAAAAAUGGGUGUAAAACUUGGAUAUGAGGUCGGAUACGCGAUUAGGUUCGAGGAUUGUGCUUCAGAUAAAACUAUAAUUAAAUAUAUGAUCGAUGGUACUCUUCUCCGUGAAUUUUUAUCUACUCCUUUAUUAGAUGAUUAUAAUUGUUUAAUGAUCGAUGAGGCACACAAAAGAACUUUACAUACUGAUAUCUUAUUCAGUUUAGAUAUUGCCCGUGUAAGACCUGAUCUCAAACUUUUAAUAUCAAGUGCCACUUUAGAUGCUCAAAAGUUUGCAGAAUACUUUGAUGCACCAAUUUUCAAUAUUCCUGGCAAGCCUUAUCCUGUACAAAUAUGCUACACUAAAGCACCUGAAGCAAAUUAUAUAUCCGCUGCUAUCACUACGGGUUCUUGGAAGCAACAUACGUGUUUUGUUAAACAAAAUGUAUACAGUCCAAAAACAAGAAUGGAAUCAUUGUUAGUUGUUCCAUGUUCAAGAGCUUCAACAGUUCAGAGAUCUGGAAGAGCUGGACGUGUUGGACCAGGUCAUUGUUUUAAAUUAUAUACUCAACAUGCGUUUCACAACGAGUUGGAAGAAAACACCGUUCCUGAAAUUCAAAGAACUAAUUUAGCUAAUGUGGUUUUACCAUUAAAG